GUUCUGACUUCACCUGCGCUGGCGGCUGCUCAGCUCCGAGCCCCGAGUACUGAGCCCCUCCACUGCUAUGGACAUCUUCUUGAUCCGCGCCUGUCUCCUCCGGCUGCUGCUGGUGCUCUUCGCCGCCGCCGCCACCUCUCCGGCGGCGGCGCAGUCGCAGCCGCCGUCGCCCGCCAGGAUACUCGACGCGGCGCUGCAGGACUACGCGUACCGGGCCUUCGCGCGCCCCCGCACCGGCAUUGUCUACAACGCCACGCUCCCGGGCAACCUCACCGGCAUUGCCGUCUCCGCGGUCCGCCUGCGCAGCGGCAGCCUCCGCCGGAAGGGCUUCCCGGGCUACUUCCAGUUCGGCGUCCCCACGGGCGUCGUCGUGCAGCCGUACGUCGAGCGGGUGGUGCUCGUGUUCCACGACCUCGGCAACUGGUCCGACCACUAUUACCCGCUCCCCGGGUACACCUACCUGGCGCCGGUGCUCGGCCUGCUGGUCUACGACGCCGCCAAUCUUUCCGCCGCGGGGCUGCAGGAGCUCAACGUCAUCGCGUCGGGCGGCCCAAUUUCGGUGCGCUUCGGCGGUAAUGUCAGGGCGGUUCCGGCAGGCAGUGCAGCGCCAAGGUGCGUGGUGUUCGAUUUGGAUGGCGUGCCGCAGUUCCGGGACCUGGAGGCAACCGAUAUGUGCUCGACGUAUCGCCAAGGGCAUGUCUCGAUAGUGGUGAACUCCAGUGGGAUUGCUCCUGCUCCACCUCCACCUGGCGCGAUAGCCCCGUCGAUUCCGACCACUGGAGGAAAUACCAAGGGAAGCUCAAAGGCGUGGAAGAUUGCCGUCAGUGUGGUUGGUGCUGCCGUAGCACUGGGUCUCAUGGCUGCGCUUCUGCUGUGUUUGGUGAGGCAUAAAAGGGAUAAGAAGCUUCAGGUGAUGGAACGGAAUGCGGAGGUUGGAGAGACAUUGCGGAUGGCGCAUGUUGGGCGGACACAAGCACCGGUGGCGUUGGGGACACGGACACAGCCGGUGAUUGAGAACGAUUACACCGCAUAGUGGAGUUUUGGGGUCUUCUGCAUGAUUCUACUAACAUGAAGACAUCACCAUGGUGAUGGCUGGAGAUGAGAUUGUCCAUUGGUUGCUUGACGCGGACAGUUUUCCAUAUCAGCAGAGGGCAACUGCAGCUGCUAAUUUUCAGGUCCAAGGUUCAGCUCCAUGAGGGUUCAGCACAUUAUUUUGGUGGGUUUGUUGUGAUGCUCAAGUUUUCUACUGCAAGACAAUGGCUAUUGUUUGUUCAUGUUCAUAUGUGAGGAGUUCCUUUUCAUUUCCAAGCAAGCAGGCAGUGUUGUGGAAAUCUUAUUCCUAUCAGACUUGGAGUCCUCAGUUAUUCUUUUGGGGGUAUCUGUAUUCAAUAGAAAAACAGGCUUGG